GUACCUGACAAGCCCGGAGUGAGUGAGGGCACAGUAUCUUCUGACUUGGCUGCCGUCACAGUCUCCCCGCUUACCCUGACCCACAGAGGGGGCUGCUCAUCUUCUGACCUCACAAACGCGCUUCUCAUCAAGGGGUGGAGUUAUACCCUUCAGCUGCUUCUCCUCUGUGGGGCCAGACGCAUCCCCCGCCCCUUCUGUCCCUCUUACGGCCAGUGGCAACCAUGAAGGAGACUCCCAGCUCCCUGGAAACCCUGCUGUGGGUCUACCACUUCCACAGCUCCACGGAGGUGGCCCUCCAGCCCCCACUUCUUUCUUCCUUGGAACUUGCUGUGGCCGCAGCCCAUGAAUAUCUGGAGCAGAGCUUCAGAGAGCUUAAGUCCCUUGAGCCAGGGGAGCCAGAGAAGCCACUCGCCCCAAAACCCACCCUGGGGCUGCUGCUAAGAGAAGCCACGGCCAGCCUUGUGAACUUCGGGGCCACCUUGUUAGAGAUCUCAGCCCUGUGGGUGCAGCAGGAGGUGCGACGACUAGACGGUGGCGACGGCAGCCAGGGCCCAGAUCCAGGCUCUGGGGAUCCGGGUGGAGCCUUGGCCCGGGUAGCCCAUAUCGUACAGGAGGGGGCUCAGCAAGCUAGUGCUGCUGCGGGCGCUACCGCCCAGCUUCUGCUCCAGGGGGUGUGGCUAUGCCUGUGUGGACGAGGUCUGCAGGGGUCCACCUCAUUCCUGCAACAGUGGCGGUGCCAGCUGGGCCUCGAAACCCCCGGGGAACCGGUGAGUUUGGGGUUAGGGGAGAGUUGGAUGCCAGACGUGACGGAGCUGGGUAGGCACUGA